CCAAACUGAACUGAAGGUCAUCGGACAUAUGUCCGACCCGAACUCAACGUCACCGGACAUUUUGUCAGACGGCCCUGUAAAAGAUAUUUUAAGGCCUGACGGUUUGUCCUCACAGGACGGCUCUAGGGAGAACAGUAUAAAACAGAUAGAGCUAUUCGUGAUAUGUUAGUUUCGUUGAUUUCGUUUUCAUUAAAUUUCCAGGACAACUCAAGUAUUCUGUUGACUCAAGUUGAAAAUGCCAUUACUGACGUGAAGAGCAGCAUUGACAACAUGGCGGAUGCUCGGGCCAAUCUCGGCAAUGCUACGGAGAUUGCCGACGACGUGCUCGGAAUGACGAUUCCUGUGCAAGAGCAAACGAUCAAUGAUAUAUCACAACGCAUAUUAAAUAUAGAGGUAGAUGAGGCUUUGGUGAAUGAUACCUUGAAGAACGCAACCGCUGGACUGAAGAUUGCGGAGGAAGCGAUGCGAUUGGCAGAGAGAGCAAUGUAAGUUGAAGUCACUGAGCUGUAGAAUAUUAGCUGGAUAGAUGGCUCCCGCCUUUUGUCAGUCCAUUCAGAUUUUGAACCCGUCAAUUUUCUGCAAAGGGAAUCUCUUGAUUUUGAAAUCAUGUCUAACCACAAAUAUGAUUUUGGUAUGUGUAAUAUUUAGGUCAUUCAAGGAAGAAAUGUAAUGUAUCUUUAUAAUAAAAAAUCCCAUCUUGAUCAACUUUUUCACUGUCAAAGUUAGCGGAUAUGAUGUCAUUAGGUGAAUUGCAAAUUAGUUUCCCUUUGUUUUUUGUACCAAAAAAUCACCUAAUGACAUCAUAACCGGAAACUUUGACAUCCUAUCCAGAAACGUUGACAGCGAAAAAGUUGAUCAAGAUGAGGUUUUUUACUACAAAGAUAUAUUACAUUUCUUCGAAUGACCCAAAUAUUACGCAUACCCAAAAAUUAUAUUUGGGGUUAGCCGCACUUUAAAAGAUAUAGCUUUCCAUACUCUAUCUUCUAAAGUAUUUUAGACCCCAUUAUUGAGACCUCUGGCAGGAAUCGAAUCUGCGGUUUUGCGAUUCCAGUGCAGCGCUCUAACCAACUGAGUACAGAGAGACAGUUGUCGAGCUCUAACUACAAGUUCAUGUAUAAAUACUAAAGCUAUGCCAAUGUACUGUGUAUAAAUCCUGAUAUCUAGUUCGUACAACCUAUUCCUUUGUCCUACAAUAAAACUGAAUUCCAUAUCACCCUGGUACGCCCUUAAUUGCUGAAAUAUACUGUAUUUUUUAUGGUAUUGUCAACAGGAAUGUUUCUGAAACAACUCUUGAACAAGUGAAUGAAAUUGAAAGGAAAAUCGAGGAAGCUCAUAAGCGCCGUGAGGAAGCAAGGAAUUUACAAAACUCCACAGAUCGAAUGGUCGUAGAAAUACAGAAAAUAACAGAAGAGGUAUAAUUGUUUCCACUUUUUCGAAUUUCGGUGUUGGGGGCAUAGUGGCUAGUAAAUGUGUGAUACCCGCGCAAUGCAAUUUCUGAUUAUAAUUUUGCCUGCAUGGACCGUAUGUGAGACGAGUGCUUUCAGUUUGACUCUACCAAACACCGCAGGUUUUACUAUCUCGGCAUUCUGGUUUAUGCUUUACUUUAGUAACACUUAUGGACCUUACUGGAUCUUUAAGAGCAAGAGAACAGUUUAGAACUGCUAGAGCUAUCCAGUGCGAAUAAGGUUUUUACCUUCAGUAACACUGAACCAUUUAGUAACACUGAACCAAUAAAAGAUGAACCUUACUGGAUCUUUAAGAGCAAGAGAACAGUUUAGAACUGCUAGAGCUAUCCAGUACGAAUAAGGUUUUCACCUUCAGUAACACUGAACCUUACUGGACCUCUAGAGUGACCAGUUUAGAACUAAUAAAGCUAUCCAGUAUAAAACGGUUAGCUCAGUAGUCGCAUAUAUCCUACAGUCAAGUCUCGCAUGUUUUCUCUAUGAUGUGAAAAGUAUAAAUCUUUUAUUUAAGGUGGAAAACGAAUAUUCAGAAGCUCAGACGAUUGGAGAAACUACAUUGUUGUUACUGAAUACCACCAUUGAUCAGAUUGACAACAGUUUGAAAUGUUUCAAUGAUUCGAAACAACUUGCAUUAGACGCAAGCAAAGUAGCGAACCUUGCUUAUAGACAGAUCAUGAAUGCGUCAAAG